AAACUGCAGCCUUUGCGAUUUUCGCGGGAAAUCCUGUCUGCGGCGUUGUUUUCUUUUGAGGCUGUUUCUUUAAAAGCGCAUCUUCUUCCUAUGCGGUGUUUGAAUGAAAUCAAACAGAGCUUGUUUACCUAUAUUAAUUAUUGCUUGUAUUGUUUUAUCUGAACUGCAGCAGACAGCAAGGAAACAGGAUGAAGUAUUUCACCCGGCUGAGAGUCAGACGAGUCUACAAGUGGCGAGGAGAGCCCAUCAGUUUCAACAGGAAGUUAAAAACAUGUGAAUAUGCCUCUUUGGACAUUAGUGUGGAGGGUCUCCCCAGGGUCACUGUCAUUAAAACUGGCCAACACAUCCUCAUAGAGGGAGACGAUGAAGACAACCCAUACGUGGCCAAAGUCAUCCGGCUGUAUGGAGAUGAGAACGGGAAACAAAAGAAAGUGGUGGUUCAGUGGUUUGUUCGUGUGUCUGAAGUGCCUUUGGGCCAGCUGAAGCUGCUGGGCAGAGAGCCCCACCCUCAGGAGAUCUUCUACUACCAGGGCCGCAACUGUGACGAUGAGGUGGACGCCGAGUCUAUCCUCAGACCUGUGAAGGUACAGCGUCUGGAUGGAGCAGCUCCGUUCCCAGACUCUGACGACCAAGACACCCUGUAUGUGAAGCUCUCCUGGGACUCGAAAACCUUUAAGUCGGUUGACUCUGCUCAGGUGGAUUCUGAUCUUUCUCCAGAUUCCUCCUCUUCUCCUCCUCCCUGUUCCAGAUCAUUCCUCCCCCCCUCAACCCCUUGCUCUCCCCCUGCAGCGACUCCAGCGUCCCGAGGCCCUGCUCGACGCGCCUUGCCCACUCAGGAUCUCGCCAUCAUGUGCCAGGCAGCUCCCGGGGAAGUGAGAUACUCCAAGGCCACCAUGAGUGCAGGGAAACCCAGUACUGCAGAGGCAGAGUCAAUGCAUUCAGCCACCAAACGGUCUGCUUCAAAAUGCCUGAGCGCCAAACGGAGGAAUGCCUUUGCAAGGACGCCCGGCAUUCGCAAGAAACUGGAGCUCAGCA